AUGCCCACUUUCAUCACCUGCAGGAUUUGUAAUCAAACAACAACGAAAGGAAAAGUCAAAUUUACGUAUACAGAAACAAAUGCAGUUGCAAAUAAAUUAAAAUAUGGUUUUUUUUAUUUAUUUAACAAACAAUUACAAGGUCAGAUAGUAAACACAUAUGUUCAUAGAAAGUGUUACGAUCGUUUACUCAGAAAAGCUCGCAAUUCAUCUUUAUCCUUAGUUGCUUCUCGCAGUAGAAUACGACAAUUUCAGUCUUCACGAUCGUCGACAGAUGAAUCAAGCAACGUUCAACAGUCAUCAUCGUCAAAUACUACGGCUACAACAGCAACGUUUGGUUCAACUCAUCAAAAUACAGUAGAAUGUUUCAUGCCACUUGUAAGACAUGAAGAUGGCAAAGAUACGCAAACAAGAGCAGUACAGCAUCCAUGUCGAUUUCACAACAGCGACGUAAAUCAAACGUUACAGUCACCAUUAAAUAUAUCGACAGCUGCAGUAGUACAAGUUAUUGAAUUAGAAAAGAGUUUACCAUCACCACAAAUAAAUAUAACAGUCGAAGAAGGGGGCUCUUUGUUACCAAGUUAUAAAAAUAUUUCACUAAUUAACCCAGAAUUUUGCGAUGCGCCAAGAUCGAAUAUUCAACGUUUGUUACGAACGUCAACACCGAUAGGUCAGCUUUAUAAAGACAAAUGUACACGAAGCGGAAGAAGAAAUACUCUUGGAUCAAUAAUAAACAAACAAAAAGAGAACAAUAUUACGUAUCCAACCGAAGAAAAUCAUCGAUCAAUUUUAUACAAUACCCCAUUAGAAGAAUUGCGAGGAUGGCUUGUCUGCAGAUUAGAAGAUGGUAA